UUUCGAUUAUUAGCUUGACGUUUACGCCUUCAUCUUUUUGGAUACGGAAAAGUAAACAUUUUAAAAUCAUGAACUAGAAUUCUGUAUAGAUUUAGUCUACAUCUAGAUCUAUUAGACUCUAGAAGAUUGCAAUGUCAUCUUGACUCUAGGACUUCAAUACACUCAGUUAGACUGCAGUUCAGACACUUCCAGAAUUUGUCUAUAUAGACAUCUAAUCUAGAUCUAGUAAUCUAGACUCAGAUCUUAUCUAGAUGAUAGAUCAUACUCAUAAUGGUGGCUACAAGUAAUCAACUGAAUAACCAACUGGAAGAGGAUCCUGUUUAUGAUGUUGUCAUUGUGGUGGAGAAAACAGCAAAUUUAGUUCCCUAUCUGGAUGAAUUAAAAACAGCAUAUCUUAUUCCAACAUUAGAGCACUUCAAUGGAGGUCCACCUAGUCCCAUUGAUACUGGACAUGAUUACAACUGUACAUUGUACUGCUUGGUCACCUACACUGCUGGGGACACAGCUCCAGAAAUGGCUUCAGAGUGUUUCUUCCCCACAACAAGCACUCAUGAGUUUCUACAAACAUUUGAUAAUUUACAAUUUAUUGGAGGUGCUGGUCAAAGUUGUAGUCAUGUGUCUGAGGGCUUAAGCACUGCGUUACAAUGUUUAGACGAAAUCAAACAGUUGAGGUACUCAGGGAAGCCAACUCAACGUCACUGUAUUCUUAUCUGCAAUUCACCACCAUAUCACAUAACUGCUGAGGAAAGUCAAGAUUACAGAGGUUACAACAGCGAACAGUUGGCCAGCAUGAUGGGAAAGCGUGGUGUAAAUCUGUCGAUUAUUUCUCCAAGGAAGAUUCCAGCUUUACAGAAACUUUUUAAUGAGGCAUGUGCUGGUGAUAAUUUUCACAAUGUUCCUCAAGCUCAUUAUGCUGUUGACCCCCGACAUCUUGUGUUACUUAAAGGUUUCCAGCUUCAGGAACGUUCUAUCAGUCCUAAAUUUGAUGAGAAAAAGCUUCUAUUAAAUGUACCAAGUCCUCUAAUGACAGAACCUUUAAAAGCAGUGGAAUCCAAUUUUAAAAAGCCUCCUACUAAUCAAACUGGCCUACAGCAGCCUUCACCUCAGCAUGUGGCCCAUGUCAUACAGCCCAAUGUGAAUCCUAUCUCUCAAACCUCAACACUGCCUAUGGGAAUGCAACAGGUAACCAGUCCACAGUCGUCUGUGGCUAACACUGGAAACUUAGCAGCAAGUAUGGACUUAAUGGGUAUUCCCAUGGGUCCUGGACUUAGCAAACAGCCCAUGAUGGUUCAGAUGAGGCCACAGCCCAUUCCUCAAUCUAAAGCUCAAGUAUCAACAAUGACUGUACAAGGCAACAUGCAACAGAGACUGCGCCAACAGCAACCGCAACAACAGGAUCCAAACCUUAUGAUGCGUCAGCCCAUGUCCAGUACCUCAGGUCCUACUGGAAUGAUAAAUGUGCAGCAAUCUGGCCCACUCAUGAGUCAACACAUGUCCCAGCAAGGGAUGAACCAGCAGGGUAUGAUGGUAUCUCAAGGGCCCUCUAACAUGAUGGCUCACAUGCAGGGUCCCCAGAACCCUUCUGCUAUGCAGCAACAAGUAGUCGGCUCCCAGAAUGUGUCUACGAUGCCGCAGCCAGGUACACAAAAUAUGGGUAUGAUAGGCCAGAGCAUGCAGACCCAACCAAUGAUGCAGCCAGUAGGCUCUCAGAACCAAGGCAUGAUGCAGUCCAACAAUGCCCAGAACCAGGGCAGCAUGAUGUCCUCUGGGGGCAUCCCAAGCCCAGGGAUGCUGCAGGGUGUAGGCCAAAAUACAGGCAUGAUGCAGAGCUCAGGGUCACAAAAUUCAGGCAUGUUGCACUCUUCUAACUCCCAGAAUUCUGGAAAUAUGAUGCAGAAUCCAAAUUCUGGUAUGAUGCAGAAUCCUAACUCUGGCCUGAUGCAGCAAGGAACUGGAGUUGGGAAUCUUCAGCAGCAAUCCCAGAUGCAACAACAAUCUCAAAUGCAACAGUCUCAAAUGCAACAGCAGCAGUCCCAAAUGCAACAGCAGCAGUCCCAAAUUCAACAACAGCAGCAAUCUCAAAUUCAACAGCAGACUCAAAUACAACAGCAGUCUCAACAAAGUCAAGUCUCCAGUUCUCAGAAUUUAUUCCCAUUUGGCCAACAGGGUAUGCAGCCAGGAUUUAUUAGUGAUGUGUCUGGACAAAACCCUUUAGCAAACGUAGGACAGCUGCCCAUGGUUCCUGGACCUACAGACAGAAGAAUUAUUUGGAGUGGUACCAUGGAGUAUCAAGACAGAAAUGUUCAGCCCAACAACCAGAGAAGUGUCACUUUCUUACUGAACUGUAAUGUCUCUGUAGAUGUACAAGACAUGGAUAUAAGCACAGCAGACUGGCCUCAGAAAUUGAAUAUCCAGUUGUUACCCCAACCCAUGUUGGCUGGACUACAGCAGCUGUGCAAAAAUUCCAGACAAGUAUUUUUCCACUUUCCCAACAACAAUGCUAACCAGAACCCAUCGGCACUGCAGAAUCUUUACACUUUGAUGGGUCAUGGGUUUGCUGGCUGUGUUAGAUUUCCUCCACAAUCAGAUACUAAAAUCAUAUUGCUGAUGUACAGUGCCAAGAAAAAGUCUUUUAUUGGUCUCAUCCCCAAUGAUCAAAUGGGAAUAGUACAGGGGAUUAAAACUGUGGUGGCCAGGUACAGGCAGAAGCAGCAGCAACAGGUGAAUGCCAUGGCUGGUGUCAAUGCUGGAAACAGUGGACAAGGAAUGGCCAACCAGGUAAUGGCUCAAGGGCCUAACAAUGCAGCUGUACCUAUAGGAGGAACUGGAAUGAUGCAAUCUCAGAUGCCAAUAGCAGUAAACACUGCUCAGCAACAAGUGUCACAGCAGUCACAACAGCAAACACAACAACCACCACCACAACAGCAGCAGCAGCAACAACAGCAGCAGCAGCAGCAGAGCCAGCUUCAACAGACAGACAGUGCUGCAGCACGCCAAACUAACUUGAUGAUACAGUCCCUGCCAAACGAUCUUCAACCUGGGAAGUCUAGAGAGAUGCCUUUCCAGCAGCAGCCUGGGCCAGGCGUAGACCAGAAGAAGAUGAUCCUUCAACAGCAGCAGCAGCAACAACAACAAGUCCAACAGCAACAAAUGAUGAAUGACGGGCAUAUGUAUUACCCAGGCCACCAUCACUAUCUGUACCAUGCACACAGAGCUAAGCUGCAACAGCAACAGUUACAACGUAUGCAGAUGCAGCAGCAGCAACAACAGCAGAUGACCAACCCACAACUUAGACACCUGUUGAUCAAUACCCAACAACAGCAGCAGCUGCGCCAGCAACAGCAGCAGCAGCAGCUCAUGUUGCAACAGCAGCAGCAGCAGCAAAUGAGAGGAGGCAACCCACAGGCCCAACAAGGUUUGGUGAUGGGUCAACAAGGCAUGCAGGGGGGAGGGAUGGGACAGAUGGCUCCUCAGUCUGGACAGAACUUCAUGGAUGAUUUUAGUAGUAUAGGGGAAAUCAUGUAAGUUUAGAUGAGUCCAAAAAUGGAGGAAUCAAAUGAGUAUAUGUGGGGGAGGGGGAGAUAGGUUAAAAGAGAUGUGAAAGUGAGAAAAAGUUUUUCUUUGUUUUAAUUACAGUCUUUGUGUUUGCAUUUUUUUUUAUGUUGACAGUAGUGUACAUUUUGAAUGGCUUAAGUUGAAAUAAGAAAGAUAAACUGUUCUAUUUAUAUACAAUAUCUUUCUAAUAUUUAUUAGCUACAUUCAAAAUGUCUUACAAUGCUCAUGAAUUCAACCAGCAUAUAUUGAAAUGAACAUUUGUUCUCUUUUAAUAUCAAAAGUUGUAUUUGUUUUGUCUAAAUAACAAAACACAAAAUACAUGUUUAUUUUUGUGCAAUUAACUGGCUCUAUAUUUAAGUUCUGCAGGCAUAAACAAAACAAAAAAAUUAUUGGUCUUCAUUAUUUUUUGGUCACUUAUACAGCUAGUAGCUUUCAAUGUAAACAGUUGUUUUUUUUUACACGUUUCAGAAAAUUGUUGAUUUUUUUCUUUUCAUAUUAGUUAUGUUUUUUUACUGUGUAAAUAGUUUUAAAACAAAAUUAGGCCAAUAGGAUCACUGCAGUUUUCUAUCUAAAGCAAUUGUUCUAUUUAUAUCCUGAAAAAUCCUUUAGCUUUUCUUUUUUUUUAUGAAACAAAAUAUUUUCACAAUGUCUUUGUAAGAUUUGUUGACAAUUUUUUUGGACUUAGCAAUGUAUUAGGAAUGGCAAGUUAAAACUUUGGUUCACAAGAUUUCCCUUUAUUUUGUUGUUAACUUUGCAGCCUAAAGAUGACUGAAGUUCAGUGAGUAAACAUAUAGAGUUGAGCGUGUGCCCUCUCUUCUACAAUGUUUGUAGUUUAGGUUACUCUAUAAUUAUAUUGUUUGUUUUGUUGGUUUUGACCAGCAGUGGAUUAGGACGCAAAGAUUAGUGAAACCAAAUAUUUUGAAGUUGUUAUCUGUGUGAUAAUUUCUGAUGAGGUUUUGUUAGCUAAUUUGUAUUUGUAAAAGGAGUUUAUAUUAUUUGUUGUAUACAACUCUGUUGAUCUGAUGUAGUAGUCUCUUUUGUUGAAAUGGGAGAAGUGUUCUUGUUUAACUUUCAGCUCAAACAGUCCUAGACCAGGCUUUGUUGACCUCUCUUUAAGGAAAUUAUGAAGCUGUAAAAGUGACUUAUCUUAUUCAGGCAAUCUAGUUGCAAUGAAAAGAUGUGGGUCUGGGAUUCCUGGGUCUGAAGUCUACUUUUAUACUCUCUACUUCCUUCAGCCCUCUACGGGCAGGUCUCUGUUUCAGGCAAAAGUUGUAUGAUCAUUAUGCUUGAUCAUUUGACUGUGAUGCACUAAGCACUAUCAUUGUAAUCUAAAAGAAUGGUUUGGUCCCAUUAAUAAUCUAGUAACGCACCUUUCAUUUUAGCUACAAAGCUUCUAGCAACUCACUCUGUCUGUCUGGUACAAAUUGUGUUCACAUUAUUUCACCAACUUCCCAUUCUCAGAUCAAGUGGAAACUUUGCACAUUUUUUCAUUGUUCUUAACAAAACAGGAAUCAAUUUUUAAAAAUUACAAAUUAAUUAGUGGUUAUUAAUUAAUUCUGUUUGAUAUAGAAAAUGGGAAAUAAAUUUUACAGUAUUAAUGUCUUUAACUGCAAAUGUGCAGUUCUUUCCCGUAUGUAAGUGGUUUUUUUUUUUUUGGUAAGUACUUUUUUUUUUAUCUUGCUUUUUCUCUUGUGCCCAUUUGUUAGCUGAAGAGCCACAUGAUUUAAUUCCCGCUUCUUUUCCUCAGAUUAAGUGUGGGUACUGUCACUGCCCUUACUCUGUCUCUGUAUUUGCUAUUAGCGUUAAACAUUAUUUCCAGCAACAUUGGUCUAUUACUGUAUGUGUUCGUUGUGCUUAUGUUAUGGUAAGGGUUAAGUUUGUCUAUCAUCUGCCUGUGAAACACUUUCAUGGGCUUUAUUGGAUCUGAUAUGGAAUGUGUCAUUGGGUGUAAACAGUAGAACUAUUGUAUUUGAAAGUUGUCCUUCUGAAGUGGACUGGGGGAGUAGAACAAAACCUGAGGAUUUGUUGAGUGGAUGGAGAUUGAAUUGUGUUGAUUGACUUUUAUGAGAAAGGAACCACACUAACUUGGGCUAUGUAGUCAUGUUGGGGUCACUAUUCUCUGUAAAUAGCUAGCACUACCUGUGUAUACAUAUAUAUAUAUUCUCCCCAUCGGUUAUUUUUUGUUUUAUCUGAUGUGAAUCAACUUAAAGUUGGCUAGUGAAAAAUGUGAGUUGUAUUAAGUCAUACAGAGCUUGUCACAAACACAAACAAAUAAACAAAAAUAGUGAAUCAAUAAA